AUGACACGUGAAGAUUUUCUGGCCAGCAUUGACGAUAGCACGACCAAGUUGACGACAAAAAUAGUGGACAGCGGAGAUGAUAUUGAUCCUGCAAUCAGCUGGGGCCUUAUAGUACCUAUUGUCUUAAUCGGCGUGUUUCUUGCUUGUGUUGCUGGUUGUUUGUACUGGCACCAGUGGAGAGACAAAAGGAGGUCUAAUCAACAUAGCGUAGACAGAAGCGUCAACACCUCAUUUGACCGCUUCUCCCGAGGUAUUGGACGAACACCAACUAGGCAGAUUGAUUAUGUCCGUGGAUCGACUCGAUCAACAACACCAUUGAAUAUAUCAGAUAAGGUCAAUGUAGUUCCCCUAACAAGUUCAAAUCCUGGACAGUUCAAGUUUUACUGGGACAAAGACAACUGGAAGCUCUGUCCUCCGGAAAACAGCUUGCCUCACGGUGCCCUGGCUGGUUCACGAUCGAGUCUUCUUCGACAGAAUCUUUCACCGAUCGAUGAGAUGGAAUCUCCAAGUAUGUAUACCAACACAACGAAAAGCUAUGACGUUGAUGCCCAACCGCCAUUCUCUCCAUAUCAUUUGACAUGGCUUACACCGAAAGCUCCUCCACCAUCAUACGAAGAAUCGGAACUUAGUUCACCAGACAAAAGUCAGCGGAUCAUGAUGUCCACUACUGGUACAAACAACACGUAUAGCGGGUACACCGGGUAUAGCAAAGACAACACGACAGAUAACACCUGCAGUGGGUGUACAGGAUACAGUAAAACCAACACAACAGACAACACAUGUAGCGGAUACACUGGAUACAGUAAAACCAACACAACAGACAACACAUGUAGCGGAUUUACAGGGUACAGCAAGCACACGAAUUCUCCUUUCUAUCCAAAUAAUAAUACGCCAACAACAGAUUUCUACGAGUUCGCAUCAGAGCAUGAAAGCUUACCACCAAAGUUAACACUAAUGGCUAAUUCUUAUCCAUUAUCGAAUGGUAAUUCUCGUUUUACAAGCUACCCGUCAACGCCACAUUCUUCGCUAGAAAGUCUUUCAGAAUCACAGGUAGACACUGUUGAGGAAAUCUCAUACCGUCGUCACAACACAUCACAAAACGACAAUGUGUAUAACAAACCUGAAGAUGCUUAUAAUAGGAACAGUCAAUUUAGCCACUACAGAAUUGAAACUGACCACAACCGAAACAGUGUGUACAGUGCGAACGAGAAUUACAAUUCCCACGACAGUCAGUCCAGUAAUUAUAAUACCGCUAGAGACCAUACCAGUCAGUACGAGGAAGAGUAUAGUAUGGGUGUACCAAGUCUGCCAAGCAGUAUACUCUAUUAUCAUCAAAAAAUGACCAACGUCAACGUCAUCAUGUCCGGUAAACCACCACUUUUCUCUCCGCAUGCUUUCCGUACUAGUCAAGCCAGCAGUCUAGAAUCAUCUGAUACCAACUAUACAGACAACACCUCAAUGCUUCCCUGUGUUGGUAGUAGUAUAACAUCGGGGAAUCCGACAGGAAUAUCUUCUCUUCAUCAUACUAACAGUGUCCAUACUUCCAUGGGACAACAACACCCUACUGAACUGUCGGACAACGUUAGUCCAGAAGAUUUGUCUAAAAUUGUAGACGAACUGUCUUCCAUCAGACCCGGAUCGAAUGAACCAGCAUCCGUUAACCAUGGGGUUAUUAACAGUAUGUGCGGCUAUGAAGGUCCUGUGGGACAGAGUUAUGUUGCUGAUAUUUAUCCACCACAACAACAAGAACAAGGACCUUUAACCGGAAACUUCAACCAAAAUAUUACAGAAUUGUUUAGAAGCUGGAGUGUAACGGCAGAGUUAGAUUAUAGUUCUGUAAGCAGCCAAGGAGCCGGGACUUCCAUGCAGACACCGUUGAACGAAGGCUCUUUCUCAUGGGAUACUUAUCCACUAAAGAAGAACACUUCUAAGAACCUUGUUGCGGAAGUUAAACAUGGCCGAGUCGUUACUGAUGUUAAUCAUAAUGUUGUAAGCCUCAAUAGUUUACCACAACCGGGAAGAAAUGUUCAGUUUUCUGUUCCAGUUUUAGUGGACAAAACAUACUGGGUUUGAUUAAGUGUUCAGCAAGAGAUUAUGAAUUUUGAGAUUGAACUAUGCUAUUGCGAUACGGAAUACAAUUUAAAUGUUAGAAAAGUGCUACAGAAUAUAUAUUUUUGUCAUUUUGUACAUACAUGAAUAUUGCCAUCAUGCAGUUUGUCCUGAUUUGUUAAUUUAAUUUGGGUUUAUAUUGUAUUUAUUUCCA